CACUCACUCUCUUCCUCUUUUUCCAUCAUAGGUACAGUUAAGCCCUAUUCAUACACUCUCUCACAAUAGUUACCUUUACCUAUGUCUUAAAUAGCAUUUUCUGUUUUUGUCUAAUUGAUUGACUGCCUAAUGACUGAAGUAUUUUGCUCUGAGUAUUUUGGGUCUGCUGAUGUGGCCUCUCAACAGGGGGAUAAUGUGAACUGAAGUGAGAGAACAUUUCGGUAAGAGGAGGAGGCAGAAAGAAGGGAGGAGGGAGAGAUAAGGUGAAAAUGUAAAAAUAGACAAUCAAAUAAAAGGAGAGAGAAAGUAUGGGAGCAGAUUUGGACCAUAAAAACAGAUACCUUCAAAAGGUGUGUGAAAAGGAGAGGGAAAGCUAUGCAGCUGGCAAGACGCAGGAGAACAAGGAAAAUAGCAACGGAGGACAGAAGCAAGUGAAACUGCCUGCCAUCUUGACCACAAUGCACCUGACUAUAAACCUGCUCUGCCUGCUGGUCCUGACCUUUCACCUUGACCUGGCCAUGGGAGGAAGAUCCCAGCGCAAACAAAGGCAGGCUGAGGACAGUCUAAGACCAUACCUGGGAAGAGUGGACCCAGUCCAACUGUGUGAGCUGCUGAAGUGUCACAGUCCAAUGGGCUCCUGGUGCCAAGUGGUGCAGGACAACGAAGUCCUCGUCCCAAAGUGUGUGUGUCCGAAGACCUGCCCACGGCAGGGGGCACCAGUGUGCAGUGUUCUGGGAAAGACCUAUGGGAAUGAGUGUCUGCUGCAUAGAGAAGCCUGCCGCAAGAGACGUCGCAUUGGACUGGCUCAUAUAGGACCCUGUCUUGUUCCCAAGGCAAACUGCACAGAGGAGGAGUAUGGCCAAUUCCCAUACCGUCUAAUGGACUGGUUCCUCCUGUUAAGUCGUAUGGGAAAGUCUUAUGCCCCCUAUGCCCUGCCCCAGAGCUGCCUGAGCCAUACCCAGCGCACCCAACUAGCCCAGCGGCGGUUUUCCCUGCUGGACAAGAACAAGGACGGGAAGCUGAGCCAGAGGGACCUGAGGAAGUUGCGCUACAAGAGGAUGCCUCUCGAGCAAUGUGCUAACUUCUUCUUCCAGUCAUGUGACCAUAACAAGAACAGUAAGGUGACCCUGCAUGAAUGGAUCUCCUGUCUGGUGGAUCGCUCAGAGAGCUGGUUCCAAAACUUCAUGUCUAUGCAAAUGGGAUCCGGUAAGCUGUGUCCCAUGAAGACCGACAACCACCUUUGACCUGGACAAGAACACAUCUCCUCUCGCUUGUCUACAUGUGCAUCUGUUUAUCACUGCUAUCUACAAUAAUAAGCAUACAAAAUGAUCCACUUUUCUCCACUUCCAGCAUCAUACUCCCCUAACUGUCACACUCAGUACUGUGUUUGUUUUUGACUUAUGACAUCUGUUUUCUGACGGUCACUGUACAUUCAUCUGUGUGGAGAAAUGGCCUGUAAUAAAUGUCUGAGACCUGGCUGCCCCAUUAGUGUCUGUAUGGGAUGGCCUGAGGAGAGAGGGGCUCAUUAAGAACCAGGAGGACGUGUCGCAUGGAUCAAGCAUCCAAUUACUGUAGGAAAGAGAGGUAGAGAAAGACUCAGAGACAGUUGGAUACUAUGAUAGAGGGAAGAGAUGGAAAAGAGAUGAUGGAAGGCGAGGAAGCUUAGUGUGAGACGCCGUGACCAGGGAAGGGAACGAGGGAUAAUGGAGGGGAGGGAUCAGAAAUUAGAAAAAGAACGGGAGGGGGAUGGAAUAGUCGGAAAGAAGUAAAGUUAGGGGAAAAAUAAAGUAUGUGAGAAGAGGUUUGAUGUGGGGAAUAUUAGCCACAGCGUAUGAUAUUUGUCAAGAGGAAAUUUUGAAAUAAUGACUUCUUGUAUGUCAAAGAUCCAAAUCAUUAGCCAUUAACAGGCUUAUACAUUCCAGUACAUUCUAUCAUAUUGAGGUAUUUCAGCUGUUGCCUCAGCUUUUCCAUAGCUCUAGUUUUU